UGCGGCGCACACGUCCCACCGGCAGUCGGUACACGACUGCCGCGCCGCACGCACGCGAGUGAACGUGUGUGCCAGCGGCGAGCUCAGGCGAACGAAAGACGACGGAAGACAUUUCCGGGAAAACGAACGAACCGGGUCCACGGAGGAAGGAAUUGCUAGGGCGCUCGCCGGAGCAGGAGGUUAAAGAAGCGGACCGGAUGAAGUGGGAACUGAAAGACAGGCACUCCAAGUCUCCGCGCGCUUACCAGAUCGUAAGCGAGAGGCCGCAGAUCGCGACCCAGCGCCCGAGCGACGGGGUCGUGUCUCCCAUAGCGAAUAACUACUCGACCGCGGACGUGGCAUGCAUAGACCAGAUGCACGCGGGAGGCAAAGGCGGCGGCCACGGACCCCCGCCGCCGUCGUGGCCCAAGCUGAAGAGCCAGAAUCAGCAGAAGAGGCCGACCACGCUGAAGCUGGACGUGGGGGCGGCGCAGCGGGCGCCGCCGGAGCGACUGCCCAGCCCGCGGCCGCAGACGGCCACCCUGGACAGACCGCGCAUCCUCGACAUCGCGCUGCUGGGUAAGAUCGACAUGACGCUGACGCGUAAGGCGCUGCUCUCCAUCUCCAGCCUGUGCGCGGGCGCGCCGGCCGACGCGGCCAAGCGGAACGGCGCGUCGCCCGGAGACGGCCGCGGCGGCAAGUCGCGCAGGUUCGCGGGGGCAGCGGCGGCGGCGGGGGUGGCGCGCCGGGGGCGGCAGCAGCCAGCUGCGGGCCGCUCCGCGCACACCGACGAAGACGAUGGCACCAGCAGCGGCACCGCGCCGCCCACGCCGCGCCGCCAGCCGGCCAAGAAGCAGCAGCUGAAGGUGCCUGCGGCUCGCAGGCGGCCCGCUCCCGCGGGGGAGGCGGAGGAGGCGCGGGCGGGGGCGGGGGCGGUGCCGCAGCCCUGCACCACGUGCGGCCGCCACGAGCAGCCCGAGCGCCUCCACAGCCACCCGCCUGCCAGGCACCAACAGGCCCAGCAGCCGCAGCCGCAGGCCCAGGCGCCGCCGCAGCCGCCCAAGAGCUCUGUGCGGAAGCCGAUGCCCAUCAACUUCCGCAGCUCUGCCUCGACAGCCCAGCAGCAGCAGCAGCAGCAGCAGAGCUCCGCCGCCGCCCCCGCGCCUGACAAGUCCCCCGGCCCGCAGCCGGCCGCCUCCACCGCCACCGUCACCGUCGCACCAGCACCAGCCUCCUCUGCGUCCGCCCCCGUGGCCGCCCCCGCGGCAGCCACCGCAGCCGCAAACGCCCCCGCCGCCCCGAGGGCGCCGGGCCGCCCCCGCACAGUGGUGUGCUACCUGUGUGGACGCGAGUUCGGCACCAAGUCGUACCCACUGCACGAGCCACAUUGCCUCCAGAAGUGGCAGCGCGAGAACAGCCUGCUGCCCCCGCAGCUGCAGCGGGAGCCGCCCCCGCGGCCCGACCAGCCGCCCACCACGAGCCAGUGGAACCACCUGGCCUGGGAGGCCGCCCAGGGGAGCCUGGUGCCGUGCGAAAACUGCGGCCGCACCUUCAACCCGGACCGCCUGGAGGUGCACCAGCGCAGCUGCAAGGCCACCCAGCCCAAGAGGGCGCCUGUCCACCAGCAGCAACCGCCGCAACAACAGCAGCAGCAGCAGCAGCAGCAGCAGGCGAAGGGGAUGGGGGAGCCGUUCUCCGCGGCGGCGGCCGCCGCCAUGGCGCGCGUGGGCCACGCCUGCCGCUGGUGCGGCCGGCUGUUCGGCAGCUCGCCCGCCCCCACGUCGCCGGCCUCCGCCUCCGGCGCCGCCUCCCCGGAGCACCGCCCGCGCGGGCCGCGCAUGCUGCUCUGCUACCUGUGCGGGCGCGGCUUCACGCAGGCGUCGCUGCACAUCCACGAGGCGCAAUGCCUCAAGCGGUGGCACCAGGAGAACGACCGCCUGCCGCCGGCGCAGCGCAGGCCCACCCCGGAACGACCCGCCAUCGUCCUCACAGAGAGCGGCGGCCUCGACCUGGAGGCGACGGUGGAGGCGGCGUGGCAGUCGCACCUGCAGCAGCUGGUGCCGUGCCACGGCUGCGGCCGCACCUUCUACCCGGACCGGCUGGAGGUGCACCGGCGGGCCUGCAAGGGGCAGGGCCGGCGCUGAGCACUCGGUGGCGUGCCCACUAGUGUCUGGCAAACUGGAGACUGUGUCGUCGUGGCCGUCUGUAACCACUAACUCCAGAGUGUUGUGCGUGCUAACCUAGUUCGAUACAAUUACCUGUGUUUACGAUUAACAUUUAAUAACCUGUGUGACAAAUUGAAAAGGACUUCUUAAAUUUACAAAAAACGUCAAAUAAAAUUUUUACAAAAUUGG